UCAAAAGCCGCGUGUCGUCUCGACGAAUUACGCAUUCUUGUACGUAAAAAUAAGAUAGAUAGUGUAAUUUGUUACACUAUAAGGCAAACAGUGAAUAUUAACGACUUUAUUUAUGUGCAAAGGAAUUUGGAAUUUCACGUCACAUAUUGUAUACUGGUAUAAUUUACAUAUUAACACUGUUUUGCUCACAUUAUAAAGUUAGCAAUAUACAAUUCGUUCUCUUGUGGAGCUGGCUUAUCGAUGCAAUGAUCACUUUAUCUCGCUCUCACGACAGUUUGAGUAGAAGCUGUGAUAAUUCACGCAUUCUUCUUGUGCUCGUAAAAGUACAGUUGGUUGUCAUUGGCUUUGUUUACUGAAUUGUGAUAGUACAGGACAUCAGAGCGAUGUACGGAACAUAUAUGCCGCGAUGCUGAUUUUGGCAUUCUUGCGAUGACACACGAGAAAAGUGAAUCCAUAGAGAAGAAUGAUAAUGGUGCAAUUCCGAGCGAAAACAACAAUGAAAAUAAAACGUGAAGAAAUAAAGUCUGAGGUUUCAGGUCCUGUAGACUUCGAACGAGCAAUUAUAGCAACAGGCCAGGAAUGAUCCUGCGUAAGUUUUUUAUAGUGAAUAAAAUACGAGAAUACGCUGCACUGUAGCCAAGGUCUGCGACUUACCGCUGUGUCCUACUUCAUGAUCACUCUUGCCAUUCACUUUAUUAGGACGAGGAGCACAUUGCACUGAUAUAAUAUCAGUGCGCCCCUCCUGAUGAAAUAAACAGAUAUGGAAAAUUUAAUUAUUUGCUAUUACUGGCGGUGCUACCGGCCAGCUUCUCCAGUAUCUUUUCGUCAUCAGCAAUGUCCUACGUGCUACCAUCUGCCGAAUGUGAUCUUCAAUUAACGAUGUUCGACAAGGGACUGUUGAAUUCGAUGGCGUUCGCAGGAAUGAUCGUUACGGCAUUCUUCUGGGGUUGUGUUACUGACAUAUUCGGUCGUAAGAAAAUAAUGUUCUAUGGUUACCUACUUACUGGUUUACUAAGUGUGGCGAUGUGUUUUUCACACAAAUCUUGGCAUUUAAUAACGUUCAAAUUUUUUGACGGUAUGAUUAUAUCUGGUCCAUAUGCGGCACUUAUGUCGUAUUUAGCGGAAAUACAUAACGAAGCACAUCGAUCGAGAUCAUACAUGUGGCUUGGCAUGUUCUUCUCGCUGGGAAACAUUUCUUUGCCAUGUAUAGCAUGGCUUAUAAUACCUCAAAAGUGGUACAUGAAGUUUUUAAGCGAUACAUUAGAGAUAGCUUCCUGGAGAAUGUUCUUAGCCAUUUGUUCGCUACCCGAAUUUUUAGCAUGCAUAGCCCUUUUCGCUUUCCCAGAGAGUCCGCGUUUCCUUAUCUUAAAGGGUCGACAUGACGAGGCAUUGAAUGUCUUCAAAAAAAUCUACUCACUCAAUACUGGCAAGGAUCCCGAUACAUAUCCGAUAAAAAGUCUAGAGGAUGAAUAUUCUAUUGAAUCAUGCGGGGAACGUAUACAGGACAAGCUGAAGAAUUGUUGCAAACUGAUAAAGCCACUCUUCUUGCGACCCAAUGUCUUCAGAUUGAUACUCAUAUCAAUGAUACAGUUUGGAGCAACAAUAGGAUCGAAUUCGCUCCGACUUUGGAUGCCUCAGCUGUUCGCAAUGAUUGAAAAUUAUAAAAAUACUGUGAGGAAGGACGAUAACCAUAUAUUGGGAUUGCAGCCUUCAUUUUGUUACAUGUUAGAUCAGGAAGAGUCGUAUCUUAAUUCCAUGUAUUAUGCCAAUAAUACGAUAGGCAAUUCUAUGGCUGUAUGCGUUUCGGCCGAGUUGAAUUCCAGAGUCUUUAUCAAUUCCAUUGUCAUCGCUAUGACAGGUGUUAUCGGUUAUAUUAUAGCUGGUUCUCUAAUAACUGUGGUUGGAAAGAGGAAGUUAAUGGCAAUUUGCUUCAUUGUCGCUGUUACUUGUUGUGGUUCAUUGUAUUGGACUGAAGACACUAAUGGUAUCCUCGGAUUGUCUUCGGUAUUUGUUGCCAUGACGAGUAUAGGCGGGGCAACCAUCGUUAAUAUCAUUGUCGAUAAUUUUCCUACAUAUUUAAGAACCAUGGCGGUUAGCAUAACCAUGAUGAUAGGAAGAAUUGGCGCAGUAAUCGGUAAUCUAUUGUUUCCGAUUUUAUUCAAUCUAUCAUGUUUAGGACCGUUCGUUAUGAUCGGUUUAGCCUCUUUAGUGUCUGCAUUUUUGGUUGCUAUUCUACCCCAGAAAACAACACAAGAUGACAAACCAAAAGAUAUUGUUUGAUCUUUCUAGUUACAUCCAAUCAGUUGAUUUUUUUAUUUGUUUUAUUAUUUUUCGAAAAGUCAAUAUGUAAAUAUCUUUUCGCACCUUGUGCAGUUUAAUAUAAUUGUCGUUGUUACUUUAUCCCUAUUGUCGCGUUGUAUUUAUUAUGUAAAUAUGCACAAUCAUUUAGUAAAUAAGGCCUAUAUUCUCCCUAUUGUAUUCUAUAUACGUGUACAUAAUAUAAAUGAAUAAAUCGUCCGACGUAUACAAUAUACAUUUUAAGGUAUAUACAUUUUAAGAUCAUUCCACGACUGUAAUAUUUAAUAUCUCGUUUAAUAUCUCUGCCUUUGAUUGUUCUAAUUUAUUUAUCACAAUUUUUUUAUAUAAGCAUAACAGCAACGAA